AUGGAAACAAACGGAGAAACCGAAAAGCCACCAAGUGAGCCCACUUCACCGGUCAUACAGCCAUGGGAUAAAGAAGACAGGGACAUCGAGAACAAAGAAAUCGUUCUCAUCACCGGUGCAAACACUGGCAUCGGCUUGGAGACGGUCAAGGCUCUCUUCCACUCCUCAAAGGCCUACCAUGUCAUUCUCGGCUCUCGCAAAGCCUCCAACGGAGAAGCAGCAGUCGCUCAGCUGGAAAGCGAGUUUCCUGAUACCAAGAGCAGCGUCGAUGUUGUGCAGAUCGACCUUGGCAAUAACCACGAGAUCCCACUUGUAUUUGAGACCGUCAAGUCCAAGUUCGGCAGGGUUGAUGUUUUGGUCAACAACGCGGGCGCCAACUUUGACUCGUUUGAAGAGAACGAUGGUGCUGAUCCUGCCGGCGCUCGCGCUUUGUUCAACAAAACCUACGACAACAAUGUAUCGGGCACCCAAGUCUUUACGGCGACAUUCAUUCCUCUCCUGCUGGAAUCCUCGUCCCCGCGCAUCAUCUUCCUGACCUCAGGGCUCUCGACGCUUCACGGCGCGCACAAGUCGUUGCUGUCGAAAAUCACAGAGUCCAUCCCGAAAGGCUGGCCCAAGGCCGGGGUCCCGACGGCGAUUGCGUACCGCUGCUCCAAGACGGCACUCAACAUGGUGAUGCUGUCGUGGUACCAGCUGCUCAAGGACGACGGGGUCCGAGUGUGGUCCGUCAGCCCAGGCUUCCUAGCUACGGGGCUGGGAGGGAACCCCGAGUUGCUCAAGAGUGCGGGUGCGGGUGAUCCGGCGACGGGUGGUGAACUUGUUCUAAAGGUUAUUGAGGGAGAAAGGGAAGAGGACGUGGGAACGGUUGUUUGUCAACAUGGUGUUCAGGAGUGGUAG